CCAGCGGGCCUCAGGGCACCACCACCAAACACAAGAGAAGUAAAACCAAGUGUCAGUCUCUGACUCCCCCUCCCCCCCGGUUCCUCACUUUCUCCUGUGCCGUGGUCUUGACAGUCCGGGCCCACUCUCGAGUCUCCGACCGCAUUGAACUCUUUUCGGACGCUCCUCCCCACCGCUAUCGCCGCUGAUGGUGGGGCCUGAGAGAACCUCGGCCCUCCUCCGGCGCCGCCAAAUUCCGGUGAAGUCUCCAUAGGUGUGUACUGUAUUAAUCAUUUAAUCGGCGCCAGAGCGACUGGGCGCCGCGCUGCUGCGACUGCGACUACGCGGGCAUGGCGGGGAAGGAGGCGGCGGAGAGCAGCAGGGCCAGGAGGCGCAUGGAUCUGAACCUGUACGUGGGCCUCCCGCCGCUGUCGCCGCCUCGACUCUGGCUCGACACCUCGGCGCCUUCCCGAACGACGUGGGUGUCCCACUCGGGUCCCGGUGCCGCGCUGGACGCUCCAAGGACACGCGAGCCCGAGGAACCGCUCGCCCCGGCGGCGGCGGCGGCGGCGGCCUACUCGCCGUCGAACGCGCUCUUCGCCCCGGACCCGGAGGAGCACCCGGUGUUUGAUCCCUUAGUGUACUCCUGGCUCGACGGCAGCGGUGAAGAGUACACCGAUGCUCCUGCGCUGUCGGCGCCGGCUCCAACGCCGGUGGAUGGUCAUGGUGUCUCUGGGCCGCAGUUUCUGAUGGCUGCCACUGGGCUGGACGGGGACGAUCUUGCGGUACCAAGGCCUGUGCACCCUAGCCGGGUGGCGGCGGCUGCUGCUGCUGCUGGUGGACUGGAGAUGGUCGGCACGAGCGUACUUGGGCAGUCCACUCAAGGUGCGACUGCAAGUGAAGCAGGGGAGCUCCGGUUCCUGAGGGCGAUACGGAUCAGCCAGCAGCACAACAUCGUGAGGUCAGGACCAGCGAGCCACACUCAAGUGGCAGCUAGCACGGAUGCGGGUAGCCUGGUCAUGGCAAUGCAACACACACAAAGCGCUUUCGAAGCAGCAGCAGAUCCGGAUGGCGGCGGCGACAAGGUGCGUGGAAGCGACGCCGCAGAGAAGGACGGGUCCUGUGACUGCAACUGCGACUCCAGCUUCGAGUGCAACAUCUGCCUCGAGCGGGCCAAGCAGCCGGUGGUCACGUCCUGCGGCCACCUCUUCUGCUGGCCGUGCCUGUACCGGUGGCUGCACGCGCAGUCGCCCUUCUGCGACUGCCCCGUCUGCAAGGGCGAGGUGUUGCUAACGAGCAUCACACCGAUCUACGGGAGAGGCGGCGACGAAGAAGGGGACUCCGGCUCCUCCGCCGUCCCCGACCUGCCGCCCAGGCCGCAAGCGAACCGGAGGGACAGCCUGAGGCAGCAGCUGCAGACGGCGACGGACGCCAGAGGGAUCGCCGCGGUGCUGAGGGAGAUGAUCCAGAACCAGGGCAUCGUGACCUCGGUUCCCGCAGGCCGGCAACGGGCUGGUAGCGCUCGGAGGCAGCGAAGGCAGGGUAGCAACGCGUCGCGCUCCGCGGUGGUGAACGCGGGCAAUGCUGCCCCUGAGGGCAGCGAUCCGAUCCAGCCGCCACACUCCAAUGGCGGCAACGGUGAGCAGGUUGUUCAUGCAGCUCCUCAACAACCACCACCGGCUGUUGUGCUGGGCGAGCCUGGGCCAAGUAGGCGGUCGAGGCAUUCGGAGUCCGCAGCCAUAAGAAGGACAAGGAGGAGGCCACAGCAGUAGGGAGCAGAGUGUUGGCACUCCCUUCAGUAAGAAAAAAAGAGAGCUACAGAUCAUGCAUCAAAAUGUUAGUUAUCACCAUGAUUAACAUCUCAUGGUUAAUAAUAUACUAGGAAUGUAGUACAUGCCAUCGCUCGUUUGCCAGGCAAAACGAGUCGAAAUGUCAGUCCCAGUCCCAGCAUGUUGGGAAUAUAUUUUCUGAUUGAGCCUCUGUUUCUGUUCUGAUAUGCCAUUAUAACUUAUCUGAUGUCGCUAUUCCCGAGUUUCCAACAUAGUUACAUUACUUCAUCA